AUGCAUAUCAAAGCUAUUUUGGCCGUAUUAACUGUCCUUAUUGUGACCCUGGUCGCAGGACAAAAUCGGAACUGCGAUGAGUUGACCAGGAGCUGUGAACGCUGCGUGGAGAGGUUAAACAACCGAAAUGAUCGUGAACUGCCAAUCUUCAACAGGGAGUGCAGGGAAAGGACCCGAAGGAACUGGCGCUGGAGGAACGUAGGACGUUGUGAGCUCACCAGACUGAACUGCUUGGGAGCGGAUCGACGCAUGAACUGUAAUGACAUUGCUGAGAUUGCUGGCAUGGACCGUGUUAACUAA